UUCCGGCGCGAAAACUCUAUCCUCUGUUACUCUCCACCACGAGAACUAAACUUGCUAUGGCGUUAGAAGUAAAAGAAGAGAAGAAGUUUUAUGACGAUGCAAAAACGUACUGGAAAAAUGUUCCGUCGACAAUUAACGGGAUGUUAGGAGGUUUUGGACAGAUAUCUGUUACUGACAUAAACGGAUCAAGGGCAUUUCUCCGACCGUUUCUAACGACUGGAGGUGGAAGUACUGGUACCAAGAAGGCAAUUGACUGUGGGGCUGGCAUUGGGCGGAUAACAAAACGUCUUCUCCUUCCAAUGUUUGAUUCUGUGGACAUGGUGGAACUAAAUCAAGAUUUUCUUGACGGAGCGGAAAAUCAUAUAGGAGAAGAAUAUAAACGUAUAGGAAAACGUUUCUGUUGUGGACUUCAGGAUUUUACUCCAGAAAAGGGAAAAUAUGAUGUCAUUUGGAUACAGUGGGUCUCUGGGCAUUUGACUGAUGACCAUUUUGUACAGUUUCUACAACGAUGUCAAGAUGGACUCAGUGAAAAUGGUAUCGUUGUUCUCAAAGAUAAUUGUAGUCCUGAAAAGGUAUUUGAUGAAACUGACAGUAGCUAUAUGAGAACUCAAGAACACACAAUGGAACUGAUAGUGAAAUCAGGACUGAAAAUGAUCCAGUCUCAAAAACAGAAGGGCUUUCCCAAGGCUAUUUAUGAUGUUAUAAUGUUUGCAUUACAGUAGACAGAGCUUGUAUUCUAGUUUUUAAAAGUCAAACAUUAGAAGUUGUGAGAUAAGAUAUUUACAAACUUGGAUGGAGCAGCUGGUUUGUUCAUUCAUUCAUUCCAAACAGAAAUUAUUUCCAAGUCAGUUUAAUCCCAAUUGCAAUCAGUGGUCAAUUAAGAGUUGCCUCCCUUUUACUAGUUUUAUUCCUAUCGUGUAUAUAUAGUCUGGAUUAGAAUACACAAAUAAUGUUUACUUUCAUGAGUGAAAUAAUGUAUGUACAUGUAUUGAUAAUGCAUAAAAAAAUUCUCAACACUACUGCUUAAUAAUUACUAUAACAACUACCAUGUUAGGGUCCCUUAAAACAAAUUAUUUUCAAAUUUCAAGAUAUAUACUUUCCUAAGCUCCUUACUCUUAUUAUACUAUGGUUUAACAGUUAGAUUCUGGCCCUAAUUAUAUUGUUAGAGGACCAAACAAAUAUUUCAUAAAUGUUGUAAUCUGUAAACAAACUGUUUUAAAGUAUGUUCAAAUCAAAGAAACCUAUAUUGUCAUUUAAAGGUUUUGUAAUGUUUGAAAGUACUUGCAAUAGAUAUGUCUUUGGAUAGGCUUGAACAUUUUGGGAGUGUUUUUGUCAUAUCUAGAUGAACUUUGGCUGUAUUGCAUAAACGUUAUUGUUUAAAUUGCCCAUACCAAAUAGUGUCAUUUGUGUCAAAAGAAAAUUGUCCCAUGGGGUCUCUUGUAUUUGAGAUACAUUACUGCUGUGACAAUCUACUAAAGUUGAUGCGUUGAGAAAUGCAUAUUUCAAUAUUAUACAAUUAAUGACUUCAGGUAAGGUAUAUCAGUAUGAUAUUUCACAAUGAGAUUAAUCAGUUUUGUUCAUGUCAUGAGUACAUCUCAAGGUCCUUUUUUAACUCACCUGGUCCGAAUGACCAUAUGUUGAGCUUAUGACAUAUGGUGUCCAGCAUCCAUUUGUCAACAAUUGACUUCUUUUUAAUCACUGAUCAGAAUUUAACCCAAUUACGUAGGAAGCAUCCCUAUGUGCCUGGUUUUAAAAUGUAUACAAAUGAUGCAAUGUGUACUCACUGUCAUGGAAAUGUUUUUAGGCCUGUUUUAAAAGAUAUAUGCUAUUGCAUUCAUGAUUUGAUCAACUGGUAUAACGUUAACCAAGUAGCGAAGCCUUUCCAUCCACACUGGACAUGGACCAAACUGAUUUAUGGCACGUUGGUGUCAUGUUUAAGACCUGACCGAUCUAUUAACAGAAACAGCUGUUUAAAAAACUUUAUUUUCUCUUGAUUAUAUAGGGCCAAAAAAAUUUACUGGCCAGGCGGGAGAGAUUGUUAAAAAACCUACUGGACUUGCCUGCCAGAAAAACUACUGGUCACAAACCAGCGAGCCAGCGGAACAUUCCACCCCUGCCCAUGACCAAAUAAAGCAUUGUUGGGCAUCAAGAGAUAAACAAGAUUAUGAUAGAAUAAUAGGCCUGUGGGUCUUUCCCCAACCCUAAAGGUUUACCAUUGAAAUCCCAAUCCAUAACUGUAUACAGCACUUUUGGGCAUCAAGAGAUAAACACAACCACAUUUUAAAAACAGGACCCUGGGGUCUUCUCCAACCCUAGGGGCUAAGUUUAUUUGUUAUAUAUCUUUGAUCCCCACCAAACCAUUAUAGCAUUGCUGGGCAUCAAGAGAUAAGCACAAUCCUGUUGAGAUAUCCACCCCAUAACCAUAGCAUUGUUAGACAUCAACAAAUAGAGAUAUUAACAAAUUGAACAUGAACAUUAGUAUGAUGUUUGGUCAAAUCAACCAGGUGAGUGAGCAAUACAGGCCCACUUGUCCUCUUGUUUUAUUACCAGGUGGAUUAAUUCAAAUACAAAUAAUCUUCGUUUGAGUCUGGUAGCUACGAAUAUAUAUACACCAUUUUAGAUUCAAUUUAUGUGAUUUUUUUAUUUUAGAUUCAAUUUAUGUGAUGUUUUCAAAUAAAUGUUGUUUGCACGUUCAUACAAUCAACAUUACAAACCGAGUAAGUAGUUCAAAAUUUUGUAAGUGUGAGUGAGUUAAUUUGUACAAAUUUGAUAUUUGAUUUUAGUUGAAUAUCAUUGGGGCAUUGUGGAUGCCACAGUGAUUAAAUCGAGGUCUGUAACAGAUUUACAGACUUGUCACUAAGCCAAUCAAGGCUGGGUAUUUUCACCAUUCAUAUAUAUACAUGUAAUAAGGAAUAGGUAGCACACCACAGAAAGAUUGGGUGGACAUGGGUGUUUUUUUGUUAAGCAAAUAGUUCCUGUAUUAUAAUAUGCAUAAAAAAUGAAAAAAAAAUGAAUGUACACUAUAAUUGGUAUAUUCAUUACGAAAUAGUACAUACAGACUUCACAUUUGUUAAAACUAAAAUAAAUAAAUUGGUUCCAGAUUUUAAAUUUCUGGAUUUUCUGUAAGUGUGUUUCUUUACACAGAAAAUUUAGUUUUGCAUACAGUGAAAAAUGGAGGCUCAUGAUCAAGGUAAGAUUGCAGGAAAACUUAAUGUACAACAUAUUUCAAAACAAGAAUAAUUUUGUCUUUGGGAUAGAGAUAUUUAAUUUCAAAUAGGUUUCAGAAAAAAAAUUGUGGAGAGAAUGUGUCAUGUUAGGUCAGAUAUAAUAUUUUUCAAUUUUUAAGUUAUUUUUAAGUUGUUACCAUGGUAUUCACAGGUCUGAAAGACAUAGAAAAAAAGUUUACUUAUCCUUCAGAGCUGUAUUAAGAUUGCAAAUUUUGUAUAGAUUACAAAUAUAUAUACUUUAUUAGAGGUAAUAUGCAGGGUUAACUGGCAAUGUUUAUAUUAAUUACAUAUCUAAAACAUGUGCCAUAUUUUUCAGACUUAGGCAUUUUUACUGUACACUGCUACCAUAAUAUGUUUUAUUUUAUGCAGUUUUGAAGAAUAAUUAUGCAGUAUGGUCUUAUGUAUGUUUGGCACUCAAUUCGAUUCACAAACCUUACUACAUAUUCUUCAGUCUUAAAUGUUCACAAAUCCAAGAUGAAUGUUGCACUGUCAGCUUUAAUAUGUUUUAAUCAUGCAAGUGUGAUGUUACAGUAAUUGAACACACUCUGAUGUUAUUGAGUAUGAACUCUAUCAAUAUGAUCCAUUGUAUUUAUAAUUAUGAUGUCACAGUCUUUGUUAUUAUGCUGUGGCCUAAUUAAAUCUGACAUACAAAGCCAAAAUUUCUUCCAUGUCACAAAAAGGAUCUUUUUCGAUAUUUUUAGUUUACCUGAGCAAAAGGGCAAGUGAGCUUUUUCUGUGGUGCAGCAUGUGUUGUCUGUCCAUCAUCAACUUUUCCCUUUAAAAAACUUCCUUAUAUAAACAAUAGGCAGAGGCCCAAUAUCAUGACAUUGGGCCAGUAGCAUGCUGGUCACAGGGGUCAAAUGUGUUAAAAAUCAUUAAACAACUUCUUCUUAAUAACCAAGAUAUCCAGGGUCAUAACAUAGGGCCAGUAUUUCACAUGUUUGUAUGAAUGCUUACCACAUUUGUUAUAAUAAAUAACGUUGACAACUUUCAAAUUCACAGGUGCAUAGCUGUCAAACUAAAACCAACUUCAAAAUAACCAUAAAUCCGAGGAUCAGGGUAUAGGGCCAGUAACAUACUAGGAAUUUGGAUGAAGCACCAUCAUUUUAAUUUUUUUGAUAUUUGCUAUGCACCAUUUAUUAAUGAGAAAUGGUACUAAUUUGGUGUUAGAAUGACAACCUGCAGAUCUAGAAACAAGCCAGGGCCUGUAUUGCUCACCAGUUCAAGCAAGAUCCAUUGUGAGCUUUUGGUAAACUUCGGACAGUAUUACAUGUGUACAUGCUUUUUUUUAUCAAAAAUCUAUAUUUCUUAUGUUUCUUAUGGAUUGAAAUGUUAUUAUUAUAUACUGUUAACCUUCCCACAAAUGCUGGUUCAAUUUUGUGUAAACUGCUGUCAUAUCUGAAAAUAGAUUUAGAUAUUAAUUGAAAAUCAGUAUUUAUCAAUAGGAAGCCUGGUAAUCAUUUUAAAAAUAAAGUCAUUUAGUGAA